AUGAGCGCCGAACUGCCAAAGGUGCCUCCGCGUCCAGCUCGCACCCAGGAGAGGGCUGCAGAUCCCACCAUGAAUGCUCCAAUAAUUCCUCCUCGUCCCCAGCGUCGCACUGAGAGAUCCGUCUCUCCCAUGAGAGGAGAGUACACUCGCUCUCCGCUGAACGACAUGCCCACCACUAGUCCCAACGCCAAUGGCAAGAUGUACAGCCAGAGAAACCUCUCGGCCCAGGACCUGCCUCCUCGUCCCCCGAGUGUCAGCCUUCCCUCAAUCGGUCAGGAAGGUAGCGAGUACGCCAAUCUGGAGGAAGAACAAGCUGCUGCUGAACAGCACCGCAACAUCUCCCCUGACUUGCCCAUGCACGCUCCCACAGCAUCUGUGCCUCAGUCGACUGCCAAAUCCAGAAUCCAGACCGUGACUCGUACCGAUUCUAGUCAAGCCGCAUCCCACGGAAUCGGCUCAGCUGGAGACUCGGUUCACCCGCUGAGAGCAAAGGCGAGCUUCAGUCGUUCCAAUCUUUCCCUGUCUCAUGAGCCCACUGAGGAAGACGAACACGGCAUUCCCGAGAUUGGUGUUCAAGUGCCUAUGUUGAAAUAUGCCGGUGAUGUCCAAGCCCCCACACCGACUCUGUCGAAAGCUGGAACGCCAAGUAUCAGCUUUAAUGAUGCAGCCCCUCGCAACCACCACCGCAAGCGUAGUUCGCGUCAAGAGUUCCACGGCCCUCCGGGUAGUUAUGGUCUGCACGGCCAUCGUCAGGAUCCCACGGAUCAGUUCGAGAAGGCGUGGUAUGCCAAGCACCCCGAAGAGCUUGUCAAGGAACACCGUCCUUACGAUCCUGGUCAUGCUCCUGGUGAUUGGGCCUUGAGCAGUGAAGAUCUCAACAAGCUAGUUCACCAGAACUCUGGCCGUGGUCUCGGAAUGGGUACUUCGCCCGCUGCUAUCGGCACUCCUGACGAGUCGAUUGGUUUCAUGGCUUCUGAGGCGUACACUUCCCGUAUGAACUCGCCCAAACCCUUGUCAAGUCUCGGCAGGCGCCCUUCGAGUAGCGCCCAACCUACUGUCGAGUCCCCUCUUAAGAAGGAGUCUUUCAACUUGAACGAAAUUUCUCAGAACGACAAGGCUCAGGAAGGUGAGGUCGAAGGUGAGGUUAUCCACAUUGAUCCCCCAGCCCACCGCCACAGCAAAAUUCACGGUGGUGGUUACGACCCUCCUACCGUCGACCUCGGCCCUGAGGGAGGUAACACCCUUGAGCGUGGCGGUUGGGUCAUCGAGAAUGGCGAUGGAAUACCCAUCUUGGCCUCCGACGAAGUCGCCAAGAACAACCCUGAGGCUGUCUACUGGCAACCCGCUGUCUCUCCCUCCAAGGAAAGGAAGGGCAGCGACUACUACGAUGCAUAUGCAUCUGAUUCCUCGGCUACCGGUCCUUCCCGUAGACGCAGCAAGGAGAAGCUCAGAACCAGCAGCGGAGGUGAAUUGGCUAGAUUCAAGUCUCGCGAGGCUCAGCCUUCUGGUACUGGCACUCCUCUUGCAGAAAUUGAAGAAUAUGAGCCCCUCUUCCCCGACGAUGACGACAAGCCUCAAAAGCCUCUGACUGCUGCUGACAAGGUUAAGCGUCCUGACUUGGCUCGUCACCACUUCCCUAGUCAAGACAUCUGGGAAGAUGUCCCUGAAAGUCUGCAGUACCAGACUGAGGUGUCCGGUCCUCAGGAACCUGAAGAGCUCACAGCUUCUACUACUUUUGAACACCCUGACAAGGAACAAGCACGUAAGGAGGGUAACAACCCUGAAGAUCGUGCUGAUUUCCUUUCCCAAGAAGCUAAGAAGAUGGCUAAGACUGGAUUCAAGCCUGGCGUUGCCGACGACAUGACCCGUCCCAGCUACAAAAACCGUUUCCCUAGCAGAGAUAUCUGGGAAGAUUCGCCUGACAGUCUGCAGCUUGAGACUACCGUUGAGACGCCACAAAUGGAGGACGAGGACGUGUCGAGCCCUGCAGAUAUCAAGUCGCCUCCCGAUGAGAGCACUAAGCCUCAGGUUCCGGCAAGACCAGCCGGUAACCAAGCUCCUGUCAUUCCCGAGCGCCCUAAGCCUCAAGUGCCUGCCCGUCCAGCAAGGUCUGAGAACACUCAACCUCAGGAUGGUGCAUCGAACGAUAGAGCUGUAUCACCACCAGCUGUCAAGGCCAAGCCUGCAGUCCCUGCAAGACCUGGCGGCAACAAGUUCGCUGCACUCAAAGCCGGUUUCCUUGAGAACCUGAACGCACGUCUUGGCUCUGGUCCUCAGGCUCCCCCUAAGCACGAAGAGCCUGCCGAAGCACCUGCUGAAGAGAAGGCUCCUCUUGCCGACGCUCGUAAGGGCCGUGCUAGAGGUCCCGCUAGAAGAAAGCCUGCCGCUGAAGCUGUCGCAGCUCCUGCAGCCGCAUCCGGUGCAUCAACUUUGUCUAUUGGUACCACCUUCACUAUUUUCCAGAUCAACGAGCACGGUGAUUUGUCUGUACCCAUUGAGCAACUUUCACCUACUCUAGCCAAGGGUGCUCAGGAGAUGGAGAAGGCUGCUGCAGCAAACACUGAGGGUGCUUCCCCUGCCUCUUCAUCUUCAGCCGCCGACAACGAGAAGGCUAUUCUCUCUGGUCUUCCUGCUCAAGCGAUUGGUCACAUCGGUGAUACACCUGACCCCAAGCUGUCACAGCCAACAAUGGAGCGUGCAUCAGCCAUUCAGUCC